UUGAGUUGUCUUCGUCGCAGUUUCUUCUCUCCGCUUCGCUGCUGUUGGUGUUUUCAACUUUUCACUAAGGUGAAAAUUCCUCAGUUAGUGGUUGAAAUACACCCGAAAAAUGUUAAAAUUGUUACUAUCGGGACCACGAACAUGUAAUUCGCUUCAGAGCCAACAGCAGCGGAGCAAUCUGCUGAAACAGUCUCUUCAUACGUACGUGUUUCGCCGGAAUGAACUACUGGACGCAGGCAAAAGUGCCCUUCGGCAUCGCAUUCGCUUGCAGGGGCAAAAUUGGAUGACGACGGGGGCCCACCAGCAGCAGCAGGUCGUUCGAACCGGAGAAAGAAGCUCAAAAGUGCUGCGAUUGCUGCUGGGCGGAAGUGCUGUAAGUGUCACCAUAGGAUACCAAUGCCGCCGGUGGUUUGUCCACUGCGAGGCUCCCGCCGUCGCCGUCAACAAUCAUCGCCUGUUGGGACAGAAGGCGGCGGGAGCUGGAGACGGAAUUAAAUUCGAUUGGAUGAAGUUCUGGAGCUACUUGAGGCCGCACCUGGUAAAGCUGAUUGGAGCGAUUAUGGCGGCACUGGCGGUGGCCUACUUCAACAUCCAGAUUCCCAAUAUGCUGGGCGUGGUUGUGAACACGCUGUCCAAAUAUGCCAGAACGAAUUUGAGCGAGAUCGAUACCUCAACGUUCCUGCAGGAAAUGAAGCUGCCAUCGCUGCGGCUGUUCGGCAUGUACCUUGCCCAAGCCGGAUUCACCUUCGUCUACAUCCUGCUGUUGAGCCAAAUCGGUGAGCAGAUGGCUGCCCGGAUCCGGCAGGACUUAUUCCGGCAGAUCAUCAUCCAGGAUUUGGAGUUCUUCGACGAGAAUCGAACGGGAGAGCUGGUCAACCGGUUGACCGCAGAUGUGCAAGAUUUCAAAUCCAGCUUCAAGCAGUGCAUCUCGCAAGGUUUGAGGUCAUUUGCGCAGCUGAUCGGCGGAGGGGUCUCGUUGUUCCUCAUUUCGCCGCAGCUGGCUAGUAUCGCUUUGGUAUCGGUUCCGGCGGCGGUGGCGAUGUUCUCGUUUCUCGGCAAGUCCCUGAGGGUGCUGAGUAAGAAGAGUCAGGCUCAAUCGGAACGGGCCACUUCGGUGAGCGAAGAAGCGCUGUCUAAUAUUAGAACGGUACGGUCCAGUGCAUGCGAGUUUGCCGAAGUGGAGCUGUUCCGACAGGAAACAGAGAAGGCGGCAGAGCUAUCACAGCAGCUGGGCGUUGGAAUUGCCGUGUUUCAGGCGCUGACUAAUUUGUUCCUGAACGGAAUGGUUCUUACGACGCUAGUCCUCGGAGGACAUUUCAUGUCAAACAACUCGAUUAGUGCCGGAGAUUUGAUGGCGUUCCUAGUUGCUUCCCAAGGUGUUCAGCGCUCUCUUGCCCAAGGUUCCAUUCUGCUGGGUUCUGUAAUCCGUGGAAUGACCGCCGGAACUCGGGUAUUCGAGUAUCUCUCGGUGCAACCCAAAGUAGAUCUCAAGCUGGGACAAAUCAUUCCCGAGUCGGAGAUUCGAGGUGAAAUCCGAUUCGAAAACGUGUCCUUCACAUACCCCUCCCGACCCAAUCAUCCGGUUCUCAAGAACUUUUCGCUGGUUCUAAAACCGGGUCAAACUGUAGCUCUCGUUGGCGCCAGUGGAUCCGGAAAAUCAACCAUUGCUUCCCUGUUGGAACGGUUUUACGAGCCGACUGGUGGUCGAAUCACCAUCGACGGUUAUGAGCUCUCACAACUAUCUCCCUAUUGGCUCCGGGGCCACCUGAUAGGGUUCAUCGAGCAGCAACCAAUCCUGUUCGGAACGUCCAUCUACGAGAACAUACGCUACGGCCGGCCGGAUGCAUCGCAAGCAGAAGUGCUGGAAGCGGCCAAGCUUUCCCAGUCGCACCAGUUUGUGGCCAAGUUGCCCGAAGGUUACCAAACACCAGUGGGCGAGCGGGGAAUCCAGCUGAGCGGCGGCCAGCGUCAAAGGAUAGCGAUUGCACGGGCUUUGCUCAAACAGCCCUCGGUUCUGAUCCUGGACGAGGCGACAAGUGCAUUGGAUGCUUCCAGCGAAGCUAUCGUGCAGAAGGCGCUGGAUGCAGCGGUGUUGGAUAGGACCACCCUAGUCAUUGCCCAUCGAUUGUCGACGAUCCGGAACGCGGAUGUAAUUGUGGUGCUGGAAAAGGGUCGAAUAGUGGAAAUGGGCAAUCAUGACGAGUUGCUGCGAAAGAAGGGCUACUACUUUGAGCUGGUAAAGCAGCAGGAGCGUGAGCAACGGGAGGAGCAGCAGCAGCAGAGGGCAUAUGGAUAAGGUAAGUGUCGUCUAGGGCGGGAAUAUAGGAAUAAUUUACUGAAGCAAUCAGUAUAAAAUUGUUUAGGGGCUAUGAAAUUCACUGCGUUGCGAUGAUAGUUGCUUAGGUUUGUAGGAAUUGAAAAGACAGAACCAAUUAUAGGAACACAAUGUGGACGAUCAAAUCGAUGAAA